AUGUUUCAACUCUUGACUGGCCCGUACUUCAAUCAGGUCGCCAGCAGGGUUCUGGGUAUCCCGUGCUCUAAGAUCCACGUCUCUGAGACCAGCACCAACACGGUCCCCAACACCAGCCCCACGGCGGCCUCAGCGUCCUCUGACCUCAACGGCGCCGCCGUGCUCAACGCCUGCCGGACCCUCAGCAAGAGCCUGGCGCCCUACAAGACCCAAAACCCCAAAGCAUCAUGGGAAGACUGGGCGUUUGCGCGGGGCGGCAGCCUCGGCGGCAGACUCAUCGGACGAAGACUCCGGAGGACAAAGACAAAGGAGUCUACGCGGGAGGCAGCGCGGGAAGGUGCUCUAGGGGACUCUUUGGAGGAGCUGGAUGUCCCUUCUUCACACACCCCUGAAACUGGCCUUUCGCUGGUACAUCUGAACAACUUCAACAUCCACGCAGACAAGUCGGCUACCUAUCCACACCUUCUCUCUUCUUUUGCCCUCUCGCUCUCUCCUUCGCCACCCGCUCACAACCACCUAGAUCUCAUAUUCACCAUAAACUGCUCUACAUCCAACCUCACUGUCACUCCACUCCAUACCUCAGACCAUUUCCUCAUCUCUUACCCUCUCCCACUCUCACAACCAUAUCUCAACAGACACCGUACCUGUCCGCCGUAACAUCCGUUAACUCUCUCCUUCUUCUUAGGAGGCAUGUACUCUAUCUACCCUCCCUCCAUCUGACUCUUUCCUGCUCAUGCCUCCCAACGCUGCCACGGACACUCUACUCUAUCCUCCUCUCUCUGCCCUCUUACUUCACGACAGGCUCCCAAAUGGUGAAAUGAGCUCCCCGUCCACAUCGGGUUCGCCUACGCGUCUUCUGCCGAAGGCUAAAAACACAUCUCUU